CCCCGUGCCUCUCGCAUGCAAAGCGAGCGCUCUACCAUUUGAGCUACAUCCCCAUUGUUGUUUCCUUCUACUUUACUUCUCCUAAAUUCAAAAUCAACAAACCAACAUGAACUUCACCUCUUAUCUCCAACCCAGCCGCGUCACGGUGGUGGUCGGAGCUAGAUCCCCGGUAGACCGCCGCCGGAGAUCUCUUGAGAGAGUAAGUAAAGAACUCUCAAGAGGAAAUUACGAAACUGCUCUCUCUCGCGUCAAGCAACUCAAGGGCAAACAUGAUUGGUGCCUUGCAGCUUUCGGAUCUGCUAAACUGCUUCCGAAGAAAUCAGACAUGAGUGACAGAACUAAUCUCCGGUCGUUAAUUGAUUCUGUCUCAAGAAGUAUUGAAUCUGUUUAUGUUGAAGAGGAUUCAUCAAAAAAGGAGGAAAUUUAUACUUCACCUGAAGAAGAUUGGUUCAAUGUUGUUCAGCAUGAAUCAGGGCAUUUUCUGGUUGGUUAUUUGCUUGGAGUUCUUCCAAGACACUAUGAAAUACCAACUUUGGAAGAUAUUAAGGAGAAUGUGUUGAGUGUGACCGGGAGAGUAGAAUUUGUCGGUUUUGAGUUCCUCAAGGAGGUUGGUGCUGCAAACCGGGUUAUGAAAGAUGAUAUGGACGGUCGAAUGAAUCUAUCGGUAUCGGGUUCUCAAGGCAAUAUCUCAUCUAAGACACUGAACAACUUCUCAUGUGUGAUACUCGGAGGAAUGGUAGCUGAACAUUUACUAUUCGGAUACUCAGAAGGUUACUACUCAGAUGUUGUCAAGUUAAACGAUGUUCUGCAAUGGUUAGGAUUCACAGAAACGGAAAAAGAAACUCAUAUCAAAUGGGCAGCUUCCAACACUGUCUCUUUAUUACAUUCUCACAGUGAAGCUAGAGUUUCACUAGCAGAAGCCAUGGCUAAAGCCAAACCUAUUGGUGAUUGUAUCGAAGCAAUUGAAUCUACUAUUUCCAGACUUAAGGUGUAACCACAAAACAUGUAUCAAACCAUAUUCAUUACUUGAUUUGCAAACACAGAUUUUUUAAAGCCA